AUGAGUUUAAUGUUAUUGGUAUCACUAAUUGUGUCUGAUAGGCCCCCUCGGGAUGAAUUGGAAUGGGCUCAGUGGGCCACUUUGUUACAUCUAUUAUAUGGUGUGAAGAUUAGUGAUGUGGAUGACAAGUGGGUUUGGAAAUCGGAUAGUAAUAAUGUUUUCAACGUUGCAGCAGUUAAGGACCAAAUUAUGAAAUGCUCAGGGUGUGUAGAAGAUGAAUGGAAGUAUUGGAAUCGAUGGGUUCCACCAAAAGUAAAUUUGUUUACAUGGAGAUGUGGUUUGAGUCGUAUCCCGGUUAAAGAAGAGUUGUUAAAAAGAGGAGUUGCCAUUCAGAAUUCGAUAUGCUUGCGGUGUGAUGAACAGGUUGAAUCCGUAGAGCAUUUGGUGUGCAAGUGUUCUUCUUCGAAAUCUAUUUGGUGGAAUAUUUUAGCUUGGGUAAAGGUUCCGGCUUCGGUGGUCUUUGGUUCGUGUUUGGAGGUUUUAGAGUUUAUUGAAGUUAGAAUUGGCUCCAAGGUGUGGAAGAAGGUUUUAAACAUGAUUUUUCAGACGACGAUUUGGCACAUCUGGAAGGCUCGGAAUGAGAAGGAGUUUAAUGGCGUCCAACUUUCGGGGAACAUGGUGGUAGAGAAUAUCAAGGCUGGCUCAUUUUUAUGGCUUAAGAGCAUAUCGAAAUUUGAUAAUCUAGAUUGGGGAAGAUGGGUGGAUUUCAAUGUUAGAGACGUUAUUCUUUGA